CUUCUUUAAAAGACACUUACACCCACAUAAAUUCCCUCCAAAUCCUUCACAUUUCCUUCAAAAUUCCAAAUAUUUUCUUGGCCACCAAACACAACGACAACACUUCAAAGUUCUUCAUCAUGCAUCAAUUCUAGCCAAACAAAUUUUUGACAAAGGUUCCAUCUUUCCGCAAUGGGGUCAGCAGCGUCCUCGAUGGCAGCCAAGUUUGCGUUCUUCCCACCCGAUCCACCAUCUUACAGUGUGUUUUCCGAUGACAAGAUCGUCGGGAAAUUGAGGAUGUCGAACGUGGAGGAGAGAGAAAAUGUGGAUGUGCUGAAAGUGAAGACAAAGAGAAGGAAUGAGAUUGUGUGUAUGUAUGUGAAGAACUUUUGUUCUUCAUUGACAGUGCUUUAUUCCCAUGGAAAUGCUGCAGAUCUUGGCCAGAUUUACCAACUUCUCAUUCAACUUAGUCUUCAUUUGGGUGUCAACAUUAUUGGGUAUGAUUAUUCUGGCUAUGGACAGUCCUCUGGAAAGGCAAGUGAAGAAGACACGUACGCGGACAUAGAAGCAGUCUACAAAUGCUUACAAGAAACGUACGGUGUAAAAGAAGAGCAAACAAUUCUGUACGGACAAUCUGUCGGAAGUGGGCCCACUUUGGAACUGGCCACACGGCUGCCUGCGGCGAGGGCCGUCGUCCUCCACAGCCCAAUUCUCUCCGGCCUCCGUGUCCUCUAUCCUACUCUCAAGAAAACUUUCUGGUUUGACAUUUACAAGAAUGUUGACAAGAUUCCACUAAUUGAUUGCCCAGUGUUAGUUAUUCAUGGAACUGAAGAUGAAGUUGUGGAUUUUUCCCAUGGAAGGCAACUAUGGGAGCUUUGCAAAGAUAAGUAUGAACCUUUGUGGCUCAAAGGAGGAAACCAUUGUGACUUAGAACUUUUUCCACAAUACUUAACUCAUCUUCGUAACUUCAUUUCUGCCGUACACAAGCUACAUCCUUCAAGGAACAUCAACCUUAAACAAUACGACAUUAAUAAUCCACAACAAGCUGAUGAAAGAAACAAAAAAUCUAGAGUUAGCAAUAGUAGUAGUCGUCUUGAGAAAUCAAGACCAAGCACCGACUACAAGCUCAAGGACGAUGACAAGUCGAGGAACAGCAUGGAUCAGUUGUUAAAGUCGAGGCACAACUCGGAGAAACCGCGAAACAGUUUUGAUCGGUUGGGAGAUAUAGUCAGGUCGGUUGGAUUGUGCAAUGUUGUCGAUUGUUUGAAGCACCCGACUGCAGAAACUUGAGAUGGGAAAAUGAUAAAUGUAAAUGCUUUCCCUUUCCUUGUGUGCUUUGGACUUGUGUAUAUUUCUUUUAGAUUUUUUGGUUGAGAUGUUUUGGGAUCAAUUUUGAUAGCUUAAGUUCCUCCUAAA